AUGGGCCUCUUCAUCUUGGACGAUCGAGACUCAGCGAUAACAUAUUCUUCUGAUGACUGGGAAGAAGCCGGAGUAGAGGAGGAGUUCAAUUCCACCUCGACAAGGACGAGCGUCAGGGGAGCAACCGCGAACAUCUCUUUCACGGGGAGAGGAAUCAGUGUCUGGGGUACCUUGGGCCAUGCGGGUCUCGGACAUACACCUCUGUCCACCUACAUCCUCGACAGCAGCCCUCCGAAGAAAUAUAGAGGCGCUCUUUCGGUCACCAACGACGUCGAGAAUGCGUAUUUGUACCUGGACUUCGUGCUGAUCACCCCAAUUGACUCGCUUACACCGCCUGUGCUAAACCAUGUUCGGCCUACCACACCCCAUUGGAACUGGGAUUGGCAGACCCCACUCAGUGCUAUGAUGGGGGGUUUCGUGGGAGGUCUGGUCAUCGCUGGAUGUUUAGUGAUGAUUUUCUUGGUUGGGCUGCACGAGACGCGGAGGGUUCCGAGUCCCAGGAGAACUCGUUGUGAGGGGAUUGUAGACAUUGCACGCCCACGAGCCAUAUCCAUUGGCCAUGGCCUCGCUGUUUAUCGUGCAGACUCAGAGGGCAAUUAUGUCGCCCUUACUCAGUCCGAACCACCCUCCCCAAUCGGCUACCUCGACGAAGAAUUCGAAUUCGAGCUGCCUCCUCCGGGAGAAGAACUUCCCCAAUAUGUUAGAUGA